CUAGCCGACACAUGUGUUUCACUUCCCUUUCACUUUUGCGGUAAUUAAAAAAACUGCCCCGUGGCAGAUAUCUACCAAUCCAGUCAAUGAAAUUUUCGCAUAUUCCACUGUGUUUCAUUAAACUGAAUCACUUGUCAAAUUUCUUGGUUAGAAAUUGUGUCAAUACUCGAACAGUUUGCAUCAGCUCAGUUGUCUCAUCACAAAAGUGGGGCAUUAAGAAGAAACACCGAAACGUGAAACUGCAGUUGUAUUUCGACUCGAUGGCGGACCCCCAGAUGGAGGAAAUUUUGGCCCCCUUAAGGGCCAGUGUCAAAGAACAGGGCGAUCUAGUUCGCAAAUUGAAGGCGGAGGGAGCCCCAGUUCUGGACGUCAAAAAGGCAGUUACUGAACUGAAUGCCAGGAAAAAGGUCCUUGAGGAAAAAGAGUUGAGUUUGGCCCCCCAAGUCGCCACUUUUGACAGGGCUAAAAUGGAGGAUUUGCUGAAGAGACGGUUUUUCUACGACCAGUCGUUUGCGAUUUAUGGGGGGAUCACCGGCCAGUUUGAUUUCGGCCCCAUGGGGUGUGCCUUCAAAGCCAACUUGUUGCAAGCUUGGAGACAGUUUUUUAUCCUCGAGGAGCAAAUGUUGGAAGUUGAUUGCUCGAUUCUCACCCCUGAACCUGUUCUAAAGGCGUCCGGACAUGUUGAUCGAUUUGCUGAUCUUAUGGUCAAAGAUGUGGGGACAGGAGAGUGUUUUCGAUUGGAUCAUUUGAUAAAAGCCCAUUUGGAGAAAAUCUCAGCUGAUAAAAGGACCACCGAUGAUGUUAAAGCCGAUUGUCAGGACAUUGUUGUCAAAUUGGAUGGAAUGAACAAAGCGGAAAUGGCUGCUGUCAUGCAGAAAUACAACAUGAAGAGCCCUCUUACCGGAAAUGACCUCACAGAACCCAUUGAGUUUAAUCUCAUGUUUGGGACGCAAAUCGGACCUUCAGGACUCAUCAAAGGGUUUUUGCGUCCAGAAACGGCCCAGGGUAUUUUCGUCAAUUUCAAGCGCCUUUUGGAGUUCAACCAAGGGCGUUUGCCCUUUGCGGCCGCUCAAAUCGGUAACGCUUUUCGCAACGAAAUUUCCCCCCGUUCUGGUCUAAUCCGCGUCCGUGAGUUUACAAUGGCCGAAAUUGAGCAUUUUUGUGACCCAGCUGAUAAGAGUCAUCCAAAAUUUGACAGUAUCAGAGACACUGAACUGUUGUUAUAUUCGGCUUGCAACCAAAUGGAUGGAAAACCGGCCGAAAAACUAACAAUUGGUGCAGCCGUUGAUAAGGGGUUGGUAGCAAACCCGACUUUGGGGUAUUUUAUAGCACGCAUUCAUAAAUUUUUGAUUAAAUGUGGCGUUGAUGAGAAACGGUUGCGAUUUAGGCAACAUAUGGCCAAUGAGAUGGCACAUUACGCCCAAGAUUGCUGGGAUGCCGAAUGUUUAACAAGUUAUGGUUGGAUAGAGUGUGUGGGUUGUGCCGAUAGAUCAGCGUUUGAUUUAACCCAACACACUCAAGCUACAAGUGUGAGAUUAGCAGCGGAAAAAAAAUUAACUGAACCUAAAGUUAUCGAUGUUGUUGAGGCAACUCCCAAUAAGGGAGUUUUAGGCAAAACUUUUAAAAAAGAAGCCAAGAUUAUAACAGACGCUCUCACCCAAUUACAAGUUUCAGAAGUUGAAGCUCUUGAAAAUGAUUUAGACAGUAAUGGAUCACACGAACUGACAGUUGAGGAGAAAAAAUUCACUCUGACGAAAGAAAUGCUCACGGUGAAACGCUACCAAAAGACGCUUCAUGUCGAAGAAAUCAUUCCGAGUGUUAUUGAACCGUCUUUCGGUGUGGGACGAAUAAUGUAUACAAUUUUCGAACACAAUUUCAAAAUGCGUGAGAAUGACGAACAAAGAACUUAUCUUUCACUGCCGGCUUCAAUAUCACCGUUAAAGUGUAGUGUACUUCCCCUAAGUUCUAAUGUGGAAUUUGCGCCGUUUGUCAAACAACUAUCUACUGCCUUAACAAAAGUCGAUGUUUCGCACAAAAUAGACGACAGUUCUGGUUCUAUAGGACGAAGAUAUGCCAGAACUGAUGAAAUCGCUAUUCCAUAUGGUAUCACAAUUGAUUUUGAUACGUUGAAAGAACCCCAUAGUGUGACCUUGAGAGAGCGAGAUUCUAUGACACAAGUCAGAAUUCCGCUUGACGAAAUUGCGACAGUUUUACACGAUUUGUCCUACAGUAAAAAAUCGUGGGCCGAUGUCGAGGCCAAGUAUCCAAAAUUCGAACAACAGGAAAGUAAAGGGGUUUAAUUUAUUUACAUUUAUAUACACAUUUAAUUUAUUAAAUUAAACAACUUGGUA